CUUGUUAAUUACCCGAGAAACCGACCAGGAGCUCCGCCCGGGAUCUGCCCUCCCGCAGUCGCUCCUGGCUCCCGGUUCUCUCCUGUCCCUCUCGCCUUGGUCCAGGUGCACCGCAGGCCUCUCGGCAGGAUGGACAUGAUGGACGGUUGCCGGUUCUCGCCUUCUGAGUACUUCUACGAUGGCUCCUGCAUCCCGUCCCCGGAAGGUGAGUUUGGGGAUGAUUUUGAGCCGCGAGUGGCUGCUUUCGGGGCGCACAAAGCAGAGUUGCAGGGUUCAGACGAGGACGAGCACGUGCGAGCGCCUACCGGGCACCACCAGGCUGGCCACUGCCUCAUGUGGGCCUGCAAAGCGUGCAAGAGGAAGGCCACCACCAUGGACCGGCGGAAGGCAGCCACCAUGCGUGAGCGGAGACGCCUGAAGAGGGUCAACCAGGCUUUCGAGACGCUCAAGAGGUGCACCACCACCAACCCCAACCAGAGGCUGCCCAAGGUGGAGAUCCUCAGGAACGCCAUCCGCUACAUCGAGAGCCUGCAGGAGUUGCUGAGGGAGCAGGUGGAGAACUACUACAGCCUGCCCGGACAGAGUUGCUCCGAGCCCACCAGCCCCACCUCCAACUGCUCUGAUGGCAUGCCUGAAUGUAACAGUCCUGUCUGGUCCAGAAAGAGUAGCAGUUUUGACAGCGUCUACUGUCCUGAUGUAUCAAAUGUAUAUGCCACAGAUAAAAGCUCCUUGUCCAGCCUGGAUUGCUUAUCCAGCAUAGUGGAUCGGAUCACCUCUUCAGAGCAACCUGGGUUGCCUCUCCAGGACCCGGCCUCUCUCUCUCCAGUUGCCAGCACUGAUUCACAGCCUACAACUCCAGGGGCCUCUAGUUCCAGGCUUAUCUAUCAUGUGCUAUGAACUAAAUACCAAGCCUAGAUCAGUUCUUCCAGGAGGGCCCAUUACACAGGAGGAAGGAGGCCCCAAAACGUCCCAAACCAAGGCAACCUGUAUAUAGAGAUUUCAGUUGUAAAUUUGUAAAUAUUAUCUUGCCACUUUAUAAGAAAGUGUAUUUAACUAAAAAGUCACCGUUGCAAUUAAUACUUUCUCAUUUUUCUUUGUUUUUCUUUUUCUUCUUUGCUUUAGAUACAUAGUUACAACAAUAUUAUUUCUGAUAGAGAGCAAGUCUUUGAAGGUAGCUUGUUGCAAUGCUUAACUUAUAUAUAUAUAUAUAUUUUUAUAAAUAUUGUCAUCAAAAUAUUAUCUCUGUUUAGGUCUUCAUUUUUUUCCUUCAGAACACUAGGAAAGCUGAGAAUCAGUUACAGGGAACUUUAAAUAUAUUUAACUUUUGCUUUUCUCUUUAAUCCUUUGGUUAUAUUGUAUUAAAUAAAAAUAUAACAAUACUGCCUAAUGGUAUAUAUUUUGAUCUUUUCUUAUAAGAAAUGCAUCUUUUUAAUGUAAGCACAAAAUAGUACUUUGUGGAUAAUUUCAAGAUAUAAGAAAUUUUGGAAAUUCCACCAUAAAUAAAAUUGUCUACUACAAG